AUGUUUACUGGGUUUGGUACGCUUACAGGGGGGUUUGCGUCAGGACCUCAAAAGUUUGAGGAUUUCUUUAGAUGCUAUCCCAUUGGGAUGAUGAAUGAAAGGAUUAGAAAGGAUGAUGCCAAUUACGGGGGCAAGAUCUUUCUCCCGCCUAGUUCGUUGAAUAAGUUGUCCAUGCUAAACAUUAGAUACCCAAUGCUCUUUAAAUUGAGCAGUCAAGAGUCGGGGAAGGUUACUCAUGGGGGGGUGUUGGAAUUUAUUGCAGAAGAAGGUAGAGCUUAUCUUCCUGGAUGGAUGAUGGAGACUUUAGGUGUGCAGCCGGGGUCUUUAUUGAAAAUUGCUUCUACAGAUAUGCCCCAAGGUCAGGUAGUGAAGAUUGAACCUCAGUCUGUUGAUUUCUUGGAUAUAUCUGAUCCCAAAGCGGUGUUGGAGAACGUUUUGCGUAAGUUUAGCACUCUUACGAUAAACGAUAUUAUUGAAAUAAGUUAUAACAACAGGAUUUACAGAAUAAAGGUUUUGGAAGUGAAACCACAUGCUCCUUGUAAUUCGAUAUGUGUUAUUGAAACAGAUUUGGUUACAGAGUUCGCGCCCCCCGUUGGGUAUGUGGAGCCGGACUAUCAGGCCCAACAGUCGCAAAUCAAAAGGACAAAGGUUGAUCCAUCUACGCAAGGCCUUGGUACGAUGUCACAGAGGAUUAACUAUGCAGAUCUUAUACAGAAUGCAGAUGGAAAAGUGGUUGCAUUUGGAGGCGACGGUCAGAAAUUAUCCGGGAAGGCUAUUCGAGAGAAUAGGGAUGAGCAUGAUGUAAAGCCUUCAUUAGAUGGAAAACCGGCCCCAUUGCGCCUGCCUGAUGGUCAGCUUUUCUUUGGCUUCCCGAUGGUAGUACCAAAACAAGUUACAAACUUGGAUGAAGAGGAAGCUUCUAAACCGAAAACGCAUUUUCAGUCAGAAGGUAGAAGUUUGCGCCAAAGUAAUAAGAGAAAGGGUAAAAAAGACCAUACUGCCCAGAGACCAAAGGCUACUAGGAGCCCCGAAUUCAUUCAGAUUGAUUAG